AUGGGUGUCUUGAGCUGCAUGAAGUACCUGAUGUUCAUCUUCAACGUGCUGGUGUUUGCUGGGGGAACAUGCCUGGCAGGCAUGGGAGUCUGGGUGGUCGUGGACCCGGCCGGUUUCCAAGACAUUGUGGCUGCCAGGGCCGUGCUGAGCGCAGGCGCGUGGCUGCUGCUGGUCGUGGGCAUUGCCCUGUCCCUGCUGGGCUUCCUGGGCUGCUGCGGGGCCCUGCGCCGGAGCCGCCCACUCCUACUGCUGUUCUUCAUCCUUGUCAGCCUCGUCUUCCUCACACAGCUUAUUGGGGCCGUUCUCUUCCUGGUGCACUGGAAACAGUUCUCGUGCUGUGGUGUUUUAGGACCUGAAGACUUUGGAAAUGGCUCCCGCUUCCAAGAGCUGCACCCAGGCAUGCCAUGGCCACAAGCAUGCUGUGCCCGGGAUGGGCUUCUGCAGGCGGGAGAGCUCCUGGGCUGGGAACAGUGCCAGGACAGAAGCCCUGGCUACAUCCAUGAGCAGGGCUGCUUCUCUACCUUCGGCAAGACCCUGCAGAAGUACAUCUCCCUCCCUGGGACCUGCAGCUUGGCUGUGCUAGGCAUUGAGAUCUUUGCCAUGUUCUUCGCCUUUUGCCUUUACUACAACUUCGACUGA